AUGAGCUUUAUUGAUGGUGGAAACCUUACAAACCAUCAACAAACUCACACGGGGGAAAAACCAUUUCAAUGUAAUGAGUGUGGAAAGAGUUAUAGUAGUAAUGCCACUCUUAAACGACAUCAGCGAAUUCAUACAGGGGAAAAACAGUAUGAAUGUGUGGAGUGUGGUAAGUGCUUCAGUGAGAGUGGAAAACUUAAAAGACAUCAACGGACUCACACAGGAGAGAAACCAUUUAAAUGUAUGGAGUGUGGAAAGAGCUUCAGUGAAAGUUGGUCCCUUCAUAUGCAUCAUCGAAGUCACACAGGGGAGAAACCAUUUAAAUGCAUGGAGUGUGGAAAGAGCUUUGGUCAGAGUUCCCACCUUACUUCACAUCAUCAAACCCACACAGGGGAGAAACCAUUUAAAUGUAUGGAGUGUAAAAAGAGCUUCCGUGACAGGGGAACACUUAGAAAACAUCAACUAAUUCACACAGGGGGAAAGCCAUUCACAUGUAUGGAGUGUGGAAAGAGCUUCCGUCAUAUUAGUUCACUUCGUGUACAUCAAUCGACUCACACAGGGGAGAAACCAUUUGAAUGUCUAGAGUGUGGAAAGUGGUUCAGACGAAAGACACACCUCACUUCACAUCGGCGAACUCACACGGGGGAGAAAAUAUUUAAAUGUUUGGAAUGUGGAAAGACUUCCACUGAUAGUCGAACACAUGCAGAACACCAAUGUACUCACACAGGAGAGAAACCACUUAAAUGUAUGGAGUGUGGAAAGAGUUUCCGUCAUAGCAGCUCACUUACUUCACAUCAGCAAACUCACACAGGGGUUAAACCAUUUAAAUGUAUGGAGUGUGGAAAGAGCUUUGGUCAGAGUACCCACCUUACUUUACAUCAGCAAACUCACACAGGGGUUAAACCAUUUAAAUGUAUGGAGUGUGGAAAGAGUUUCCGUCAGAGUGCACACCUUAACAUACAUAAACGUAUUCACACAGGGGUGAAAGACUUUAAAUGCUUGGAGUGUGGAAAGAGCUUCAGUCGACGUGAUAAACUUAGUAAACAUCAGAGAACUCACACAGGGGAGAAACCAUUUAAAUGUAUGCAGUGUGGAAAGAGCUUCAGUCAAAGUGAAGCCCUUAGAACACACCAGCAAACUCACACAGGGGUGAAACAGUUUAAAUGCUUGGAGUGUGGAAAGAGCUACAGUCGACGUGAUAAACUUUGUAAACAUCAGCAAACUCACAAAGGAGUUAAACCAUUUAAAUGUAUGGAGUGUGGAAAGAGUUUCCAUCAGAGUGCACAGCUUACUUUACAUAAACGUACUCACACAGGGGAGAAACCUUUUAAAUGUAUGGAGUGUGGAAAGAGCUUCAGUUGGAAGAAUCAGCUUAAUUUGCAUCAACGAACUCACACAGGGGAAAAAACCUUUAAAUGUAUGGAGUGUGGAAAGAGGUUCAGCGAAAGUUGCACCCUUAAUAUUCAUCAUCGAACCCACACAGGGGAGAAACCAUUUAAAUGUAUGGAGUGUGGAAAGAGUUUCCGUCAGAGGACACACCUUACUUUACAUAAACGUACUCAUACAGGGCUGAAACACUAA